AUGGUACAAAGAGUAUGGGCGGAUCAUUGCACUAGAUACAUCGAUUCAAACAAUAAUUUAAACCCUUCGGUGGAGUGUGAUAAAUAUUGCUGUGGUCACUGUUGGUAUAGAUAUUGCUGCAGUGACAAAAAUAAACGUUUAACUCAGGAAGAACAGAAUGAAUGUCCAGAAAGGCCUGUUAACGGUGGUAAAAUUGGUUUGAUUGUGGGAAUCGCAGCUGCAGUUGUUUUCGCCAUCAUCUGUGUGUGUCUCAUCGUCUGCUGUGUCGUCCCUUGUUGCCUUUGCCACAAAAUAUGUAAAAAACAACGCCACCGCGGGCAAGCAGCGGUAACAAAUACUGUAGCCAGCAUGCCCCAGCCUCCCUACUCACCAUCCGGAUAUCCAACACCCCCUUCGGGAUAUCAGCCUGUUUCGGGACAAGAGGGCUUGGCGAUGCCCAGUGCCCCGCCGCCAUCAUAUAUGGAGUGCACUUCUCCAUCGUACACUCCAGCUCCCUACAUACAAGGGCAGCCAAUGUACCCUUUGACUCCUCCCAACCAGCCUUAUGCACCACAGCUACCAGAGGAAGCUUCACAGCCCCCCUACAACCCCUCAUAUGGACCACCAUCCUAAGCUGAAAGCUGCUCACUCAGUUAUGCUGCAUAUUAUAAAGACCAGAUUGCAAAAUCAGUGUGAUCUGUAAAACUUUUGGUCAUGUGUAGUUAUCCUGCAAAGCUUACUGUGUUAAAUUAAAAGGCAUGUAUACCCAGAGGUUAUAUUCAAUGUUUAUAGUUUCAUCGUUUUAAUGGAUACUCUUGUGGUAAAUGUUGAAGAGACCUAUUUAUUUCUGCUCCAUAUCUCUGCAGAGCAUUUUAAUUAUCUCUCAAAUUUUUGCACGUUAGCAUGUUACAUUUAUGCUGCAAUAAAAUUAUGAUAAAGACAAUCUAAAGAAAAAAAAGAUUUAAUAUUGCAAGAAACAUUGCACUACUUACAGAAAUAGAAUUUUGUUGCAUAAUAUAGCAAGUUUCUAUAUGAAGCAGAUUCAUGCUUUUUUUAUGCUGUCUUUGUUUACCUAAAAAUUAAUAAGAUUACAUUUAUUUAAGAAUAGAUUGACAUUACUACUGACUGGGAUUCCUCAACUAACCCAGCCUACCAGCAGAGGGCGCCACUGGCUGACUUUUUUAAAUGAAACUUUUGCUCCACAGACUAGUGUCCCCACUAAUUUUGUUAAUACAUUGGAGGGAGCUUAAUACGUUUGUAGUCACAUGAUCUAAAUAGCAAUACUCAUGUUUGAAUGCUAAAUAAUUACACAAACUCUGCAGAGGCUCAUCAGUAAACUCUGAUUGAAAAAAGUAAACAGAUUUUCCAGUAGUAACUAUGCUUAAAUCAGGUAUAAAAGCAGUCUAUAUUCUACGAGUUCAUAAGUGCAUCUAAGUCUAAAAUGUGCUUUUUACUUCAUAAAAAAAAUUGUUUAAUAGACACGGACUGC